AUGCAUACUCCCAAAGCCCAAGCCCCCCCAGAAGCAAACGUCUUCUACGUCGGCGGCUCCUACAUCCAAGACGCCCGUGGAACACACAUGACAGGAUCCAUGUACGUCCGCCGCCACGGCAACAAAGUCCCCGGGCAGCCCCCCAUCGUCUUCAUCCACGGCGCAUCCCAAACGGGGACGACCUGGGAGGCAACGCCGGACAACCGGCCCGGCCUGGCUCUGCUCCAGGCCGCAGACAACAACUGGGAGUGCUACGUCGUCGACCAGCCGGGCGUCGGGCGGUCCCGUUAUCACGAGGCGGACAUGGGCCCGCUCACGCAUUACACGGUGGAGGAGCUCGAGGCGGUCUUUACUGCGCCUCGGCCGGAGGUGUCGUCGCCGUGGGCGAGUCUUCACACGCAGUGGCCUGGGUCGGGCAAGCGAGGGGAUCCUGUGUUUGAUGCUUUCUACGCGAGCCAGGUCGGACACAUUGGCAGUUACGCCAAGGUCGAGACCCUCUUUAGGCCGGCUAUCAAGGCACUGCUCAACAAGAUUGGACCGGCAUUCCUCGUUACUCAUUCCCAGUCGGGGCCUCUCGGAUGGCAUGCUGCCGAUGCCUGUCCGGGGUUGGUCUGCGGCAUAGUGGCCCUGGAACCUCAUGGGCCGCCGUUUGUCUAUCCGGACUGUCCACCGUUCAACACACGACCUGAAAUAGUCGGCAAAUUAGUGCAUCCGUUCGGAAUCACGAGCACGCCGCUAGAGUAUGAUCCGCCGCUGCCAGAGGGCGCUGAAAAGCUGCCAUGUCAAACACCACAAUCGCAAGGCCCAGCCAGCAUUGAAGAGACUGGCAGAUACGCAGGCCUGAUCAAGGGGCCGCGGCAAGGGGCUCCCGCACGACAGCUAAAGAACCUUUGCCACGUUCCCGUACUCUUGGUGACGGCUGAAGGGUCAUAUCAUUCCGGAUAUGACCACCUCACAGCUCAGUUCCUCUCUGACGCAGGGGUUCCUGUUGAGCAUGUCUAUCUGGCUGACGAGGGGAUACGCGGAAACGGUCAUAUGAUGGCGAUUGAGAGGAAUAACAAGGAGAUUCAAGAAUUUAUCAACAGGUGGCUGAUGAAGCAGGUCCCCAAUACAGUCAUCGGUGAUAUCUCUUGA